AUGCUGUCCGCCCUGCGUCGACCUCGGCCGCAUCAUCGUCUCUUUGCCGCGCCAUCACGCCCAAACUCGACCGCGCUACGUUCACCGCAGCCUCGACGCUCACCUUUCGCCAUGACCUCGGACGAUGGCUCGGCAGCCUCGGCCGCCAACAACGCCGCCGCCGCCGCUGCCGGAAGGCGCAGGAUCGCCUCCAUCGGCCGCCAUGUCCAACCCACCCGCCCGCUCACCACGUCGAGCGCAGCGAGCGCAUCUCCCUCGUCUUCUCCAUCGUCGACGCCCAUGCCCAAGGCAGGCACCCCCCUCGGCACGCUCAAGCUCGGCCCCAACGUCAGCAUCCCCGUCUUUGAGGCGCGCGACCCCACGCGCCUCCCAUCGGAACGCCUGCUGCUCAACCUCGACGACCCGCUCGUCCUCGAGCACCUCGAGUUCCUCGGGAAAAAGUGGCAGCUGCGUCAGGACGUCUUCCUCCUCGCCCCACCCGGUCCCUAUGCCCGCCGCCUCAGCCUCACUUUCGCCGCGCUGCUGCAGCUGCCCUACGAGUACAUCUCGUUCCACCGCGACAUUGGCGAGGCAGAGAUGCUCCAGUCCCGCUCCCUCACCGCCGACGGCAGCCUCGUCUUUGUCGACGGGCCCGUCGUGCGCGCCAUGAAGGAGGGCCACCUCCUCAUCCUCGAGGGCGUCGAGAGGGCGGAGCGUGGCGUCACGCCCGUCAUCAACAACAUCCUCGAGAAUCGGGAGCAGAACCUCGCCGACGGCAGCUUCCUCAUCCCCGCCGAAAAGAUCGAGGCGGCGCGAAGCCAGGAGGCCUCCGAGUCGGCCGCCGAGGGCAAGCCCAAGUUGGCCAGCCGCUUCAUCCCCGUCCACCCCAACUUCCGCGUCAUCUCGAUCGGAACGCCCAUUCCGCCGUACAAGGGCCUCCCGCUCGACCCGCCGUUCCGCUCGCGCUUCCAGGCGCGCUGGGUCGAGGGCUCCAUCGACCAGACCGUCGCCCUCGAGCCCACACCGCUCGCCGAGGACCUCUGCCGGCGCUGGUCGAACCUGGCUGCGCUGCUGCGCUUCCACACCACCCUCGCACAGGGCAACGACGUGGUGCCCCCGACGCUUCGCCUGCCCAACCUGCCCACCACCGCCACGUCGCUGCUGCAGGACCUCACCCUUGCCUUUCCGCCGACGCGCGCCCUGCCGCCCAUCGUCGACGAGCAGACCGAGGCCCAGCAGAAGGCCGACAGCAUCGCCGUCUUUGCGCCCGUCAAGCAGAUCAAGUCGGACGAAGAGGCGGCCGCGGCCGCGGCGGCGACACCCGCAGCACCGAUCAUCGCCGCUUCGACGCUGUCGGCCCUCAGCACCGCCUAUCCGCAGAUCUGCGCCCUCGACAAGGACAAGCACCAGACCCUCGGCGAGCUCCUCGCUCAGCUUCGCCUCGAUCAGGGGCUGGGCGUCGCGUCCGAGUCUGCGCACACGGGCGCCGGCUACCUGGGCUACAACGUGGCCUCGAUUGAGCGGGUCGAUGGCAACCGGGCCAAGAUCACCUUCACCAACGCCGGCCAGGGCGCUGCGCCCGUCAGCCUCGAGGUGCCCUGUGGACCCCUGCCUCUGGGACCCAUGCCGCAGCUCGGCGAGACGGUCGGCCAGGACGUUGUGAUCACGCCGCGCGUCCUGUCCAUCUUUACCCGGCUGGUCCAGCUGCACGCUGUCGGCCGCGACAUCUGCCUGGUGCCCGGGUCGCUCGACGCUGCGCCCGUCGCCUCGUCGGCCGAGAUGGCGUCCGCCGCCGCGGCGCACAAGCCCUCGUCGUCGACGACGACGUGCAUUUCGCUCUUCGCCUCGGCCCUGGGCUACGCGUACGAGUCGGUGUGGCUCUGGAAGGACCUGGGUGGCGGCGAGCUGCUGAUGCGCCGCUCGACUGCGCCGGACGGCUCGACGGGCUGGGAGCCCGCGCCCCUGAUCCGGGGCGCGAUGCAGGGCAAGCUGAUCCACCUCGCCGGCGUCGACGUGCUGGGUCCCACGCUGAGCUCUCUCUCGAGGCUGCUCCAGGACCGUGAGAGCGAGCUCUGGAACGGGCAGCGGAUCAGCCUGGGCGGUGCGGGCGGCGGCAGCGGCGGCGGCGAUGCGGCAGGCCAGAGCGCAAGUGGACCCCUCUCGAUCCCGGACAGCUUCCGCGUCGUCCUCACCGCGACCAAGGCGGCUGGCUGGCUCAGCGAGGAGGCGGCCACGCUGUUCGCCACCUGUAUCACCACGCCCAUGGACGAGGCCGAGGAGCGCGAGAUUGUGCUGCGGCGCACGGGCAUCCCCGCCGACUCGGCGGCGCUCAAGCGCCUAUUCGUGUUCGUGCAGCGCUAUCGCCAGCUCAGCUCGGACCCGACGCUGGGCCUGGCCAAGUCGCGCAGGCUGGGGACGCGCCAGGUGAUCCGGAUGGCGUCGCGCCUCACCCUCGAGCGCAGGCGCGACGGCGACGCCGACGAGGAUGACUACGACCUGCACGGCCUCGUGUGGCGCACGCUCCUCGUCGACUUCCUGCCCAGCACGGUGCGCGAGGUCAUCCAGAACCUGCUUCAGGAGUGCAAGAUCCACCCGCCGGGCUCCGAGGGCGCGUUUCGCUACGUGCCCCGGCUGCGCGUCGGCGACCCCGAGGUGCGCGGACGCACGCUCGAGUUCGACGUCACCGACACCAGCGACCGGCCGCACGCGCGCCGCGUCGUGCCGCGCUUCGACGUCGACCGGCUCGACCCGGACGGCGGCGCGGCUCUGGUGCCGGACCUGGGCGGCAGCUUCUACAACAACCCGCAGCAGUCGGCGCUGCUUCUUUCCUUUGCCGAGGACCUCGAGCUGCUGGGCGAGCACCUCCUCCUGAUGGGCAGCCAGGGCACGGGCAAGAACAAGCUCAUCGACCGCACCCUCGAGCUGCUCAACCGGCCGCGCGAGUACAUCCAGAUGAACCGCGACUCGACCGUCGGCGGGCUGCUGCAGCAGAUUGCGCUGGAAAACGGCCAGAUCCGCUACUACGACUCGCCCCUCGUCCGCGCCGUCAAGCUCGGGCGGAUCCUCGUCGUCGACGAGGUCGACAAGUGCUCGACGUCGGUGUCGGCCGUGUUCCGCAGCCUGGCCGAGCGCGGCGAGCUGACGCUUCCCGACGGCCGCCGCAUCCGCCCCGUCGGCAGCCGCGGCGAUCCGAGCGACGUCAUCGUCCACCCGUCGUUCCGGCUGGCGCUGCUCUCCAACCGGCCGUCCUACCCGUUCCUCGGCCAGGACUUUAUCGGCUCGGCGGGCGAGGGCUUCUCGUGCUACGCCGUGGCCAACCCGGACAUUGAGUCCGAGGUGCGCCUGCUGCACGCCGCCGCGCCCUCGGUCGACGUCGACCUGCUGCGCAAGCUCGACGUCGCCUUCCACGACCUGCGCGACGGCUUCGACGCCGGGCUCAUCAACCACCCCUAUUCCCUGCGCGAGCUGCUCCACCUCGUCGCCCACAUGGAGCGUUUCCCAGACGAAAAGCUCAGCGACGUGCUGCUCAACGCGCUGUCUUUCGACCUGCACCGGCCCGAGGCGAUCCGGUGGGUGGUCGAUGCGCUGCGCAAGCGCGGCCUGCCCGUCGACGACCUCGACCUCGAGGCGCUGCGCAACCGCAUCAAGCCCGCCGAUGCGCUCAAGAUCACCUUUGAGGGCAUGGAGGACUACGACCCGAAAAAGGCGGGCCGAUCCACCGACCUCGACAGGCCCAAGGAGGGCAAGGAGGAUCCCAACAACGAGGAACACGUUGGCGGCAACACGUGGCGCGGCGGAACGGGCGGACGCGACACGGCCGGCCUGGGCGGUCGGGGCGGCUACGAGCGGCUGUACAAGGGCCACAAGAUCCACCGGGUGUCCAAAGCGCUCAAGGACGACGUGCCGGACCACAUCAAGAGGCAGGCGCGCGCCAUGGCCCGCGCCGCCCUCGAAAAGCAGCUCAAGGAAAACGGCCUGGCGCCGCACGAGGCCGUCAACAUGCACGAGCUCAACGCCAAGGUGGCCCCCUUUGUGCAGCACCUCGCCAACACCCUCAACGACCUCAAGGCCAACGAGGAGGAGCGCGCCUGGGUCUCGCGCCAGCAGGACGGCGAGCUCGACGAGCGCAGGCUCAGCGAGGGCCUCAUGGGCGAGCGCGCCAUCUACAAGCGUCGCAGCGAACGACCCCCCGAGAUCGGCGCGCCCCAGCUCAAGCCGAAACGCAUCCGGAUCGUGCUUGACGCCAGCGCCUCUAUGUAUUCCAUGCAAUUUGACGGAAGACUGCAGCGGGAGCUCGAGGUGUGCUUGAUGGUCAUGCAAGCCUUUGCUCGCGUCGAUCCAACCCGGUUCGCGCUCGACAUUGUGGGCCACAGCGGCGACAACCACAUGAUCCCGCUGGUGGGGAUCGGCAAGCUGCCGCGCAGCGAGGGCGACCAGUACCGCGUGCUCCGAUCGAUCGUCUCGCACACGCAGUACUGCGAGUCGGGCGACUUUACGCUCAAGUGCAUCGAGCACUCGAUCCGGGACGUCAAGAAGCGUCUUCCCUCGUCCUGGCUCGACGGCGUCCCCACCUCGUCCGACGACGGCGGCGACAUGGACGAAACCGUCGGCCUCGCCGCCAGCGUUGGGAGCGACGAGGGAAAGUGCGACGACCACUUUGUCAUUGCCAUCUCGGACGCCAACCUGGCGCGGUACGGCAUCAACCCGCACACGCUCUCGCGCACCCUCGGCACCGACGAGACGGUCAAGACUGCCGUCCUCUUCAUCGAUAAGGGCAACGAGGCCGUCUACACCGCCAAGCAGCUCCCCGGCAAGGCGUUUGUGGCGCGCGAGAUGAAGGAUAUCCCGCGCAUCCUCUCGACCAUCCUUACCAGCAGCCUCGCCGGUGGAGCCUAG